AUGAAAAUCCUUUCACUUUCACUUCUCUUGCUCUUAGCCGUUUCGGUCUCCCAUGGCCGGCCCUCAAUAUCCGAGCCAAGGCUCAUCGAACUCCUCACAUCAACCAACCUCAUUGAGACCGAAGCCGACCUCUUAGAGAAACAACGACUCUCCAUCAACUACCCCGACUGCAGAAGCUGGCACUUAGGUGUUGAAACAUCUAACAUCAUAGACUUCAAGACGGUGCCCGCAAAUUGCAAAGACUAUGUUGAAGACUACUUGAUCACUUCCCAGCAGUACCGUCACGACUCCAAAACGGUGUGCAAAGAGGCUUAUUUCUACGCCAAAGGACUUGCCCUAAAGAACGAUACCGUCAAUGUUUGGAUCUUUGAUCUAGACGAAACACUCCUCUCUAAUGUUCCCUUUUACGCCAAUUAUGGAUACGGGACACAGAAGCACCCCCCGGAGACGUUCAAGACGUGGUUAGAGUUAGGCCAAGCUCCCAAACUCCCCGAGACCUUGCACCUUUACCAUAACCUUCUCGAUAUCGGGAUUGAGCCUGUCUUACUCACUGAGCGGUACGAAGAGCUUGCGGAAGUUACUCUAAAGAAUCUCAAGGCUGCUGGCUUCACUUACUGGAAGCAUGUCUUAUUCAAACCAAAUGGUUCGAACGCAAAGAUAGCAAACUUCAAGUCACAGGAGAGGAAGAAGUUGGUGAAGAGUGGAUACACAAUCAUUGGGAACAUUGGAGACCAAUGGGCUGAUUUGGCUAAGGGCAAUGCUGGAAGAAGGACUUUCAAGCUCCCUAACCCAAUCUACUACAAGACCUAA